AUGAUUUCAAAAAAUGUAGAAAUAUUAAAGAAAAAUAAAUUUCUUGUAAAUUUUAAGUAUCUUGGAAAAUAUAGUACUAAUAAUAUAAAAGAAAAUAAUUUUAAAAAAAAUAAAAGUUUUGAAGAAAAAUGGAAAUAUAUUAUUAGAAAUGAUUAUAUAAGUAAAAUAAUAAAUAUUUUUGAAAAUAAUAAUAAAAAUGAGAUUGAAAAAUAUAAUUGUUGCCAUUUUAUUAUUGGUGGAGAAGGAGUAGGAAAAAAAUUUUUUAUAGAAAAAUCAAAAGAAAAAUUUUUAAAUGAUAAAAAAGAAAAAAAAAAAAAAUACAUAUUUUUUGAAUAUGAUUUCAAAUUAAUAAAAGAUAUUUCGUUCAACCUAAAAUUACAUUCUCUAGAAUCAUUUUUAAGAUAUAAACUAUUAAAAGAAUUAAACAAUGAUAUUGAAAACAAAAAAAUAAAAUUAAAAGAUUUAUAUAAUUAUCUAGUAGAUCAAGAAAAUGGAAUUCUUUUAUCUAAGAUGAAUUCAUUCUUUAAAUAUAUUUUAAAUAACCCUCAAAUGUUUGAUUAUUUGAAUGAUCAAGAUAGAGAAGAAAUACAAAAUUUCCUUAUUUUAUUGGAAAAAAAUAAAUUUUUUUUUGAAAAUUGGAAUCAUUUUAUAAAAAUACUAUUACGAAAAUUAAAUGUAAAAUGUUUUUGUAGUUAUUUAAAUGAAUUCAGUUCAUCCUUAUAUUUUUUUAAAAUGAUGGCAGAAUAUGAAGAAUAUAACCAUUAUUCUAAUAAUUCUAAAAAUGUGUUAACUAACUAUUCUAACGGAUUAUAUGUAUAUAAAUAUUUUUUAUCAAUUUUAAAAUUUUUAGAAGUGAAAUAUUCUUACAAUUUUUAUUUUAUUUUUAUUAAUUUUAAUUUAUCUUUGUUAUGUAGUCAACCAGUUAGAAAUUUCAAUUUUUUUGUCAAUCUUAUAAAUGAAAAUAUAGAAAAAAUAUAUAAUUUACCAGUAAUAAUUCAUUCUGUUAAAAAUUUAGAAAUAAUGAAAUUUAUAUUUAUUUAUAAUAAUAUAAUAAUGAAAUAUUAUUUUGAAAAUAAGGAAAAGAUAAAUUAUAAUUAUUAUAAUAAUUUAAAUGAAAACGAAUUAGAAAAUUAUGAAUUGAUAAAAAAUAAUUUAAUAGAAAUAAAUGAUUUUUCCUAUGAUAUGGUUAAAUGUCUUAUGGUUCCGAUUUUUACAAAAAAUGAAGAAAUUAGCAAAUGUGUUUAUAAUAUAGUUGGUGGAAAUGUAAACUUAAUUAAAAUGAUUUGUAAAGGAUUGCAUAAACUGAAUGAAGAAUUUAAUGAAUUAAAGAUAAUAAAUGAAAUUGAAAAUGAAAAAAAAAAAAACGUUACAUAUGAUAUUGACGAAGAAGAAUUAGAUUGUAAAAAUUCAGUAGAAGAAAUUGUUCAAUAUAAAAAAUCAGAAAAGGAAAAAUUACUUCUAAAAAAUAUUUCUCAAAACAUUUUGCAUAAUUUUAUUUUAGAUUUUGAACAUAAAAUAAUACAAUUUUUAAGUUUACCUAAUAUAGAAAAAAUGAAAACGGAUAACAUACAAGAAAAAAGAAAAGGAUUAACUUGUGUAGAAUUUUACUUCACUAUUUUUGAAGUUAUCAGAUAUUUUCUAAAAAAGCAAAAAGUGUUUUGUAAGAAUAUUAUAAAUUUAAAUAAUCCUAUUCUUUUAGGUUUAAUAGAUGUUAAUAUAAUACAUUAUAACUAUGAAAAUAAAUAUUUAGAAUUAACCAAUAAGUUUUAUGAAGUAUUAUUAUUAAAUUAUAUUGAUUUAAAAUAUAAACAGUUCCCAUUUAAAAUUAAAGCACAAUAUAAUAUUAAUUAUAUGUUGAAUUACAAAACUAUUGAACAAGAAUACAAAUUGUUAGAAACACAAGUAUAA